AGGUUAUAAAAUAAUGGUAACGGGGCGGCCAUUUCCCUGAAGUUCAGGUUUUCAGGCUCGCUGCCAUUAUGGAUGAGCAGCAAGCUUUGAAUUCAAUCAUGCAGGAUUUGGCUGUGCUUCAUAAGGCCAGUCGUCCUGUAUUGCCCCAGCAAGAAUCAGGAAAACCAAAGUCAUCAUCACCUAAAAAACAGAAUGAUGUUAGAGUCAAAUUUGAACAUCGAGGUGAAAAAAGGAUCCUGCAGUUUUCCAGGCCUGUCAAGUUAGAAGAUCUUGCAGCUAAAGCUAAAGUUGCUUUUGGGCAGACUAUGGAUUUGCAUUACAGCAAUAAUGAGCUUGGGAUUCCGUUAACCACACAGGAUGACCUAGACAAAGCUGUUGAGCUGCUUGACCGUAGUGUUCACAUGAAGAGUCUCAAGAUAUUGCUUGUAAUACAUGGAAAUACACAGUCACCCAGUGUAAAUCAUGCGGAACCCUUGCCCUCAUUGGAAGAUUUAGAUAAUACAGUGUUUGGUGCGGCAGAAAGGAAAAGGCGCCUUUCUGUAAUAGGCUCUAACACUCGCGAUAGGAGUUCACCUCCUCCAGGAUACAUUCCAGACGAGCUGCAUCAAGUUGCCAGAAACGGGUCCUUUACCAGUAUCAACAGUGAGGGUGAAUUCAUUCCAGAAAGUAUGGAUCAGAUGCUGGAUCCGUUGUCUCUGAGUAGUCCUGAAAAUUCUGGUUCGGGAAGUUGUCCGUCACUUGACAGUCCUUUAGAUGGAGACAACUACCCCAAAUCUCGGAUGCCAAGAGCACAGAGCUAUCCAGAUAAUCAUCAGGAGUUCUCAGUAGAGUAUGAUAUCCCAAUAUUUGAGAAAUUUGGAAAGGGUGGGACUUAUCCCCGACGGUAUCAUAUUUCAUAUCAUCAGCAAGACUACAAUGAUGGCCGUAAAACUUUUCCAAGAGCCAGAAGGACUCAGGGCAACACGUUCCGAUCCCCCGUUAGCUUCAGUCCCACCGACCACUCGCUAAGCACGAGCAGCGGGAGCAGCGUCUUCACGCCCGAGUAUGAGGAUAACAGAAUGAGGAGGAGGGGAAGCGACAUCGACAAUCCGACCUUGUCGGUCAUGGACAUCAGCCCUCCCAGUCGCUCGCCACGAGCUCCAACUAACUGGAGACUUGGUAAACUGCUGGGACAAGGUGCAUUUGGUAGAGUAUACCUAUGCUACGAUGCUGAUACUGGAAGAGAACUUGCUGUUAAACAAGUUCAGUUCGAUCCGGAUAGUCCAGAAACCAGCAAGGAAGUAAAUGCACUUGAAUGUGAAAUUCAAUUGCUGAAAAAUCUGCAUCAUGAAAGAAUAGUCCAGUAUUACGGUUUCUUAAGAGAUCCGCCAGAAAGGACACUCUCUAUAUUCAUGGAAUAUAUGCCUGGGGGUUCUAUCAAGGACCAAUUAAAAUCAUACGGAGCACUCACAGAGAAUGUGACUCGUAAAUACACACGGCAGAUUUUGGAAGGAGUUCACUAUUUGCACAGUAACAUGAUUGUUCAUCGAGAUAUUAAAGGAGCAAAUAUUCUGCGAGAUUCAGCAGGCAAUGUGAAGCUCGGUGAUUUUGGUGCCAGCAAACGACUCCAGACUAUCUGUCUCUCUGGUACAGGAAUGAAAUCUGUCACAGGAACUCCAUACUGGAUGAGUCCAGAGGUUAUUAGUGGAGAAGGAUAUGGCAGAAAAGCAGAUAUCUGGAGCGUAGGUUGUACAGUGGUAGAAAUGCUCACUGAGAAGCCCCCUUGGGCAGAGUUCGAAGCUAUGGCUGCCAUCUUUAAAAUUGCCACUCAGCCAACGAACCCCCAGUUACCACCUCAUGUCUCAGACCAUGCUCGGGAUUUCUUGAAACGGAUUUUUAUCGAGGCCAAGCUGCGACCGUUUGCAGAUGAACUGCUAAGACACACGUUUGCACACUAUCACUAACAGCCUGCCUCAACUCUGCUUGCAUCUACUGCAUUUAUUUUCUAUUUGACUGCACUUUUAUUUUUUAUUUUUUACAAAAAAGAAGAAAAAGACAAGAGAGAGAACCCAUUCUCUUGAAUCUUUGUUUCACUUAGAUUGUAAACAAUCUGAAUUUUGUAUGUAAAAUGAGAAUCUUCCUUCCCCCACUCGCACCAGGACUAGAACUUUUUGUUUCUAUAAUGUACUGAUGUGGUUCAUGUAGAUAAAGCACUUUAGUACAUACUUGUUCCUUAUUUAAAGAGGA